AUGAGCACCCCUUCAGAAUCAGGCACGGGGUACACCGGGACAGGCUCUCAAGCUGCCCAGGUAAACCCCGUUACACCGGAAAAAGAGCCAAUAGUUUUAAGUAACAGUGAGAUGUGGGAGCUAUACCAGUGGCUAACGAAAAAUCACCCGAAAGAGUGGAAAGAAGAGUUGCAACAUACGAGUAUAACCGAAUUAUGCAGGUGGCUGGAGAAAAAAAAUCCGAAAGAGUACGAAAAGCUACUCCCGAGUCUAGCAAAGAAGGCCAUGACUAAGACAGACAUCAACAAUCCCGCCUUCCACGUACUGACCUCCCCUCAGAAAAGGGCUAUCUUCCAUGCCUUGCAAAAAGAUUGGAACAAUGCCUAUUUUCCGCACUCCCUAGUUGCGCUACGGGACCUCAUUCGGCGAUACCAGCUACUCGAUGUGAGCAAGUACUACGCAAAGACCUUGGUAUUCGUUCAGAGCAGCGGUACGGGUAAAUCAAGAUUAGCGGAUGCUUUCGGCCAACUCUGUCCCAUGAUCAACUUCAUUCUUCGUGAGCCUGGAACUUCCGGCUUUCCACCUCCUGAUAAAGAGAUACUGUCAUUUCUGCGCGAGAAGCGGCCAGACAACAUCCCCGAGCCCGCCAGCCUGCAGGGGACCUCUGGUGAUUCUCUGGAGAGGAGAGCGAUCGUAGCGUGGAAUCACACCCUCGCUGCAGCGUUGCUCCAAGCCAGUUUCGAGAUAUUCAAUAUCUGGGUGGAGAGCAAGCCCUUUAGCGAGAUGACUCUAGAAAAGCUUGCAGGUGACAGGCACGCAGAGAUGGCACCGCUUGCACUAGCUACCGAUGCUAACGACACUCAGAACCAACGCUCCAAGAUGCGCAUCGAGUUUUGCGAAUCGGUAGCUAAGAGAGCUCGGGCUAUCGCCAACGAUUUGAUUUUCAGUCCGGCCUGGGUCGAGAAGUUCGACGAUGACCGCUCCUCAAGCAUUCGUCGUCAAUUCGAAAUGGCGUGGACAGAACCCCUCGAUCCCUUAACCGGCCUCCUCAAUGCUGCCGAAAACCUGAUCAAAAAUAUUCAGCAGUGCCGGAACGUAAGUGACACUAACUCACUCUUGGUCAUCGUGUUCGACGAGGCGUCAAGUUUGAUAGAAAAGGGGUUCUCUGGUGAACCACGCACCGGACUCUAUGUGGCGCUUAAUCGAGUCAUCAGUUGCCUGAAGAAGUUUCGUAUGUGGUCCUUCUUCCUCUCAACAGAAUCUCUCAUCGGACACCUUGUCCCGCCGAACAAUAUCAUCCGAACUGGCGAUUACUCUCGCGACCGUUCCGCUCGUGUCAGUUUUACACAGCCCGCCGAACUGAUGCGCUUUCCCCCAUUUGUGAGUCUCCAGCUCGACAUCGAGGACCGACGAAGGAUGCAGAAUCCAAUACUGAGGAAAGAGGAGCUCGUCAAGUCGUUAAAGAGGUUUGCGGACCUCGAGCACAUGGCUCUAUUCGGUAGGCCUCUCUGGUACGCAUAUAUAUGUCAGAAACAGAAUAUGAUCGACGUGGCCAAAUUGAAGCUUCUAGGCGGCCAGCAACGAUCAGAGUACAAUGAUCUCGACCCGAACCACGUCUUUGCUGCGCUGUCCUUUCGUCUCUCUUUGGAUGUCUGCCGGCAGAACCCCGCCACUCUCUCCUUCACAAGGGAGGCGGUGAAUUCUUUUAUGAGAGUGGUCAUAUCUAUGGACCACGAGACGGGAAUGAUGGACACAACGACGCCAUCCGAGCCAGUGUUAGCAAAGGCAGCAAUGGAGCAUCUCUGCAUCGAAGGCCGCUGGUCGUUGAGCAUUUCCACGCUCUGUAUGGUGCUUCUUGAGAAAGGAUUGAUCGAAAAGGGGCGCAAAGGAGAACUCUAUGCUCGAUUAGUGUUGAUCCUUGCACACGACUGGGUUCGGUGGGCUCGUGAGCCAGUAUUUCCACCAACCUUUACGGUGUGCGACUUUCUCAUGGCAUUAUAUGCUAAAGAUCAUCACGGUUCAAUUCGAGAGAUACCUAAGCGGACACUGGAAGCCAGAAUGAACUUCACUCAUUUUCUAUCAACUGAUACACAACUUACCCCCGAGGACAUUCCUGCAUUAUGUCGGGACCUGUUACGCCGGAGCGCUGCGAUGCAGCUAUGUUGGAACCAGGAAACAUACGAUAUACUGAUUCCGGUGUACUAUGGCACGGAGGAUGAGACGUUCGACCCUUCGAAUUGCGGAGUCAUCGUAGUACAGGUAAAGAACAAAGAGAAUGCCACAACACCUCGAGAGAUCUUCGAGGAGGAGUUUAUCAAUGACAGCCCGAAGACGUCGAAUUCGGGCAAAUCGAAGGAGAAGAGUUCUGAUCGCAAGCCGAUGAAAUUUGUGUUCACUCAGAUGGCGAACCCGAUCCUGUUCCUCCUCUUUGAUCUAGGGGUGGUCAGAAGCAGUGCGGCUUACGCUCCACUUGUUCAAGUGAUGCACAGCGCAAAUGGAAAGCAACCUGAUUUGUGGGCUAUCCAUUCGCGAGGACACGGCCAUACCAUCUUUGGCUGCCUAGAGCACUUCAAGGCUACAGAUUCGAGCGAGCGGUUCUUUGCUGCGAUACAAACGGGGAACACUCUGGCCGAUCGACUCUCUCAGAGAAAUAGAGUGUUCUCUGAAAUUAAUGAAAACUUCAGAUAUGAGAGUGAAGCUAGAAUGCAGGAAGUGGAAGCAGAGCUUACCGGAUCGAAGAGAAAGGAAAGAACGGGAUUGGUCCGCACAGGAGGUCUCCCAUCUCCUUCUCCAGAUUCCGGUUCAGCAUUCGUCGCGGGGAGUCGUCAGCCUCGAUUGCCGGCCGAAGAAGUACAAGACGACCUGAUUGUCUUGGAGUCGGGGGACAUUUCGGCCAGGCGAUCGGUCCUACGAAGGUAUCGAGAUCGUCUGACCGAUACGAGAAACGGGAACGCCGCCCUUCGGGACCUCAGUCUUUUGAGCUGCCUCCAGUUCUGGGAUUGGCUAAAGUGGAAGAUCCGGCCGCGGGCGAGUUCACGGGUCAUCAACUACUACCCCAGGUAUCCGAACGAUCCGAAAUCUCAGAGUUAUUCGGACCAUUGCCGCGUCAAACUGAUGCUCCAUCAUCCAUUUACGGACUGGUCCGAUCUCCUCUCCGUCGAGAACGAGAGCUACGGAUCAUAUAUCGACGCAUUUCGGGCCUGUCGACGUUUACAUACACACCCGCCAGACUUCUACGAUGACCCGGAAGGAGAAGGCUCGGAUUCGGACUCGAGUUCGGACGAUGAGGAUCCCCCGGAGGAGGCCGCAAAUGAACAUCCCCUGGCUGACUUCGAGGUUUUGGCGCGCCGGCGGCCGGGAGCCGAUUUGCCCACCCGUGGGGACUUGCUGGACGGUUUAGGGAGCCGGGAAAUCGACCGUGCGUAUGACUGGUCGACGCAUAUCGGGCGGUAUGGUGACCUACGUCCAGAUGUCUGGGAGCAAAUCAAGGCCGAAAAUCCGAUUGAGUUGGUGGUGGAUGUGAAUUCCUCACCCGAACCAUUGAAUCGGGAGCAGAGAAAGCUCUAUGACAUGAUCGUCACCCACUACACGAAUGAGAUCAGCCUCACGAGACACUCCGCGCCACCACAACUCCUUCUGAACGUGGAUGGGGAGGCCGGGACCGGAAAGACGUUUACCCUACUGAAAGCAUGCGCCAGGAUCCAGGAGAUCGCGACAGCCGCCGGAAAGGGCAACCCUGUUUUUCGGGCAGCCCCGACAGGCAUUGCAGCAUUCAAUAUCGUGGGCAAGACCCUGCAUAGUCUCUUACGGCUCCCGGUCAAGAUGACAACGUCGGAUCUAUCGGUGGCAACGCUACAGUUGCUCCAGGCGUCCUUUGCGAGCUGUCGGUUCCUGAUUAUCGAUGAGAAGUCGAUGAUUGAUCUCAAGACGCUCUGCCCCAUGCAUCGAUAUUUGCUAGAUAUAUCGCGGAUGUCGUUGUCGGCUUUCCUAAUUGGGUAUACCGUCGUCUACUUCAUGAGCCAUGAAUCGUACGGCACAGGACACCGUGAUCAACAUCGUCUACACACGGUCCAUAGACUGGAUCCGAUGGAGGAUAUCGUAUGGCAUAGGACACCGUGA